AUGUCUAGUGAAAGGGCGUGUAUGUUAUGUGGUAUAGUCCAAACCACGAACGAGUUCAGUAGGGACGGAUGUCCAAAUUGUCAGGGAAUAUUUGAAGAAGCAGGUGUGUCUACCAUGGAAUGCACUUCGCCAUCUUAUGAAGGGUUGGUUGGUAUGUGCAAACCAUCUAAAUCCUGGGUUGCGAAAUGGUUAAGUGUUGAUCAAAAUAUACCGGGCAUGUACGCUAUCAAAGUUGACGGUAGAUUGCCAGUCGAAGUCAUCGAUUUACUACCACACUACAAACCAAGAGAUGGUAGCCAGGUAGAAUGA